AUGACCUUUGCUAAUGGCGCUUGGCACAGCUUCAUCGCCGUCGCCGGAUGGGCAGGCCAUUCAACGCCGCCCCCCUCCUCCAGCAGCCCCCGUAGUCUCGGCCACUUCCGUUCGCUCUCCUCCAUCCCCCAGAGUCCCAGUCCUCAACCGCCACGAAUGCCUGGCAAGUUCCUUCGACCUCGGAGCUCCCCGCCAUGUCCGCCUCCGCAAACACCUCGCCUCGCCUACGUCCGCUACCGCUCUCGCCCGACGACGAAGACGCCGAGCUCAGCCGCCGACGCCAGCGGCUAUGCCACACCUCAUCACCCCGACCUCAACGCUGAGGUCGCCACUUUGAGCACCAAACUCAUCAACGCCAUCAACUACCAGACUACCCUCGACGACACCCUCUCAGCCACGAGGUCAGAACUCGACAAGGCCCGCCAACAGAUCAGAACUCUCGAAGCAAGGAAUGCCACCCAGCGGGAGAUGCUCUCCGGAGAUGUGUGGGUUCGCAAGCGAACCGUCGAGGAGGAAAAGAAAAAGCUCCUUGCUGUCUUGGCUGUGGAGCAGAGCCAGCGAGAAGAGGUUGAGAGGGAAAAGAAGAAGAUCGAGCAGGAGCUGGAGAACCUGACGACAGCUCUCUUUGAAGAAGCUAACAAGAUGGUCAUCUCUGCAAAAGAGGACGCCCAACGGGACCACGAUAUGAUCCAGAAGAAGAACGACCAGCUCAAGGCCCAGUUGGCUGACACAGAGGCUCUCCUCAAAUUUCAACAAGAGCAGCUCACAGAACUCAAACACGUCAUGGAACAGAUGACCAUCGAACGGGAAGAGCUCAGUGUUGCCACCGCGCCCUCGUCUCCGGGAUUCGCCAAAGGACCCGAGUACAGGGACGAUGACCGCCUCUCGCCCGACAGCGCUGCCCACCACACGGCCCUCGAACCCGUGUCGCCCACCUACCCAACAAGCUUUAGCCACCUGAUCCAACCCGUCUUGAGGACCGAUCUUGCUUCUUAUGAGGACUUUACUGCCCUCGCCCGCCUUUCCAAUAAACACGCCGCCGGAAACAGGCAUUCGUCUGGGUCUAUGCCUGGAGCGAACAAGCUUGGCUCUGGACUCGGUGGAAGUAUAUCUAGCGCGCAUCCUUCCAAUGCCUCGACGACGUCGCUCUCCACGGCCGGCACGCCUGUCACCACGACAGCUCCUCAGACCCCCAACACACCUGCGUCCACGGUCAGCGUAGGCUCGGCGGAUGCUGGCACUCCGGUCCUGGCACUGAAGGAGACGAAAUAUUUCAAGCGUGUUUUGACCGAAGAUGUUGAGGCAACGCUACGUCUUGAUCUGGCCCCAAGUCUAUCUUGGCUUGCGCGAAGGAGUGUCCUGAGCGCCAUGACAGAUGGCUCCAUCGUCGUGGAGCCCAUUCCCUCCACUUCACCUUACGCAUCCUACAUAAAGCCUCAGUUCUACCCUUGCUCGCUUUGCGGUGACGCUCGCAAGGACGAGAGCCAUCUCCGCACAUAUCGAUUCCGAACCAACGAGUCCGAUUCUGCCCAACACCACGACGACGCCGAAAAGGCUGCUUGGGAGGAAAGCGUCAGGUUGCGAGAGCAGAUGUUCUGGGCGCGCGUCGGCGGUGGCGUUGUUCCGACCGGUCACCCUGUCCAAGGUGAGGCGGAGAAGAGCCCGCGUCAAAGCCACGAGACAUCCCGCAAGGGGGAAGCUGCGACAGCGCCGAAUGCCAUUGAAUCCGGCGAUAUGGGUGCUGAGCCCGAAUCCCCUGGGGACUCGGCCGCCAUCGAAGGUGGUGUCCCAUUAGACGCUGCCGAGGAGACUGUGCUCCAGCCCGUCACACCCUCACCAAGUAACCGCAACUCAACGCAGACUCUUGAGAUCAAGGACGUCACGAAUCCGAACGGCGAGGUCAAGAGGCUGUCCAUCACAAUACCGACUGCUGAGGUGGAGCAAACGAAAUGAAGACGUCAGUGAGCUUUUCGACAUGAAAUCAUACUUGCGCAGGAAAAGCCUACGAUGUCCCUACCACGACUACUACACACACCCUGACGCAUAUUUUUCGACAUCAUUGUUCGGUGUACUAAUAUCAAUUCUUUAUUUAUUGACUGGGAAACUCGAUCGCUCGUCAGGCAGCUGCGGCAGACGCGACUGUCAUGAGGAUAGGAUGGAGAGGAGGACUGACUAAAAAGCAGAGAGCACAACAUGACAUGCAUCAACGCGAUUGGGCUUUUUUGGAUUUCUUUUUGUUUUCAAUUGGCGUUCAGGAUGGGGCUCGAGGACGACACGAGGAGAAGUUAUGAGCUUACUCAUAACGUUCUCCUCGCUCUCGGGGUAUGCCGGCCCCUGGCGCGGACGGACACUGGCUCGGAUCCUUCUUUUGGUUUCCUUUUGGCUCGGCUAAUAGACAUGAUGGCAGGUGGGAAGCACAGCGGGCGAGCACCCGGGGGGAGACAUGACUUGGGAGUUGAGGUGCCCUGACAUUGGGUUUAUUAGAAACGAGUAGUGUCGUGACAACGACUUCUUAAUGCGAGAUGGAGAUGGCAAUG